AUGAAGCAUCCCGAGUUUCAAAACUCGAUUUUUAAAAGGGGUUUCAACUUUUCGGAAGUCACUUGCUUACCAUUAACUACAGAUUGGUUCGGUGAAGUUGUAACAAGAAGAGUUGUUCGAGUUACGUGUUUCUAUCAUGAAGGUACAACCAACAUCUGGGCAAGGCCUAUUGAAGGCAUAACUCUACUAAUCGAUGUAGAGUCGAUGGAAGUUAGCAAAUAUAUGGACAGAUUAAAAGCUCCCUUGCCUAGCGAUGAAGGCACUAAUUUCCAAAGCCAGAGGCCUAAUUCUGUCUUCUGUGAUGGAACAAACUCUCAGAUCACCAUCAAAGGACAUGAAAUUUGA